AUGGCUACAUCAGCUAACCAUUUGACUGGGAGAGACUCUGACAUUUCAUCCAAGUCUGUGUUAUCAGCAUCUGGUGCAGCUUGGAUUUCUGCUGACCAAUUUUUGGUUUCAGGGAGAAGCAAAAGUGACAAUGAAGGACUGUUUAUGUCCAUUGUUUCCGAGAGUCCGAGUGACGUGGUCAAGGCAUUGUUUUCUGUGUCCGGUUUUAUUACUAACAACGAGUUACUCACUCAAGUCAUCUCUUUCAAGCUGUUCUUCAUUCUACUAGUCAACCUUGCAACUAUCAGUGGUUCAAUGACUGCUCGACACCAUCAAAUGUUCUACUUCUCAGAUGGCACUCACAUCUUCCAGGCAGGACACUCACUCUUUAGGGUGCAUGCAAGCAUUCUCGGGGAUAAAUCACUUGCUUUCCGAGACAUGUUCGCUGCAAGCCAGGGCACCCAACUUGAACAGGUCGAUGGUAGUACUGAUGACAGGCCUAUUUGUGUGCCGUCAUGGAGGCCUGAUGUCCUCAAAAUAUGUAACAAAGCUGUUAUUCAACUGCUCGAGCUGAGCGACAUGUAUCUUUGCAAAGAUGCACGAGUCUAUGCUGUUCACCAUCUCCAGCGGCAGCGUUACUCGCUUGAGCCAACACGACUUAUCUCACUCGCAUUAAAGUACAACCUCAAAGAGAUCCUGCCGCAUGCUUUCGAACGACUCAUUUCAGCUCGCAUCAAUGAUAUCUCCGACGAGGAAUUUCGCGCUGUUGGGUCCGUUGUAUGGAACACAAUGUUCAAAGUCAAGGAACGACUCGAUGUACAUCGUCGGAUCAUUGCAUGUGAAGCCCCACCUAUGGUGCACGCGGGAACUUGCACGAAGCAAAAACUAUGCGAGGAUGACUGGAAGCAGCUGUGGUGGAACGGAAUGGGCAGAUUUUUACUGGACGGACGAAAUCCCCAGCCUUACAAGGAUGCCGUCGAACGCUUCGAGAAACUCGACAUCGGACAAAUCAAUCUCGACUGCUGGAAGGCUGUGUUAUAUAUUGUGAAAGCUCACAGUGCUUUUGAUCAUGAGCGAAAACUUAUUACUCGUACAGCUGAUGAUCUUGUGAAGUACUUAAUUGUCGAGCCUAACUUCGAAGAUUUCGGUCGUCUAGUUCACUAG